AUGACUGCGCUUAGAUUCCAUGCGCUCGUCCGAGCGCGCCCUUCCUGGUCUGGUUCUGUCUUGCGCCGCUCCCCGCAGCAGCCAUGGCGGAGCUACUCCGCUGCGGCGACGACUGGGGGUGACACCUUGCCCUUGGCAGGGAUCAGGGUGCUGGAUAUGACGCGGGUGUUGGCUGGACCUUAUUGUACCCAGAUUCUGGGUGAUCUGGGAGCAGAUGUGAUCAAAGUCGAACACCCCACGCGAGGCGACGAUACCAGAGCAUGGGGCCCCCCGUAUGCGAAAUAUGAGGAUGCCUCCAGGAAGGGCCCGGGAGAGAGCGCGUACUACUUGGCGGUCAACCGCAAUAAGAAAUCUAUUGGCCUGUCCUUCCAGCAUAAAUCUGGAGUCGAGAUCCUCCACAAACUAGCCAAGGAGUGCGACGUCCUCGUCGAGAACUACCUCCCCGGCGGACUGAAGAAAUACAACAUGGACUACGAAACCCUCAAGGAAAUCAACCCUAAGCUAAUCUAUGCCAGCAUCACGGGUUAUGGACAAACAGGGCCUUACAGCAACCGAGCCGGCUACGACGUUAUGGUCGAGGCGGAGAUGGGUCUGAUGCAUAUCACCGGGUCCCGGGAUGGGCCACCCGUCAAGGUCGGUGUCGCUGUCACCGAUCUAACGACGGGACUGUAUACAUCCAACGCCAUUAUGGCAGCAUUGCUCGCCCGCGCACGGACGGGUAGGGGCCAGCACAUCGACGCUUGCCUGAGCGACUGCCAAGUCGCGACGCUGUCGAACCUGGCCAGCUCCGCACUGAUCAGUGGAGAAAAGGAUACCGGAAGAUGGGGCACCGCGCACCCAUCAAUCGUGCCCUACCGCAGCUUCAAGACCCGCGAUGGAGACAUUCUCUUUGGCGGCGGCAACGACCGUCUCUUCGGCGUGCUCGCCGAUCGACUCGGCUUUCCGGAGUGGAAGACAGACCCCCGUUUUGUGACAAACAGCGAUCGAGUCAAGCAUCGGGCCGAGAUCGACGGCAUGAUCGAGGAUAUCACCACGCAGAAAACCACGCAAGAAUGGUUGGAGAUUUUUGAGGGGAGCGGCAUGCCCUAUGCGGCUGUCAAUGACAUUCAGGGAACAUUGAACCACGCGCAUGUUCAAGCCCGCGGAAUGGUCACCGAGGUGGACCACCCUGCUUGUGGGCCGAUUAAGCUCGUCAACACGCCUAUCAAGUACUCUGAGGCGACACCUGGUGUGCGCACGCCUCCUCCUACUCUCGGUCAGCAUACAGAUGAGAUUUUGACAGAGAUUCUGGAUUAUGGGGAGGGCGAUGUUUCCCGUCUGAAGGCUGACGGGGUAGUGUCAUAG